UUGAACGUAUUUCAGUGUUGAAAAGUGCGCGAAAAAUUUCGGAAACUUUUUUAAAAUAAACCAAAAAGUGAAAAAGAAGCAAAUAACAGUAACUAAAUGGUGACUCCUUCGGAAAAGGCGCCGCUCUUUGGAAUACGCCAUCUGCAGGCACUGCUGCUCUUUUUCAAUAUAACUGUGGUCUAUGUGAGUCGUUUAAAUAUAUCCGUGGCUUUAGUAGCCAUGACGAACGCCAACACAACGAAUCCAGAUUUUCCGGAAUUUGACUGGAAUGAGCAGCAAAAAUCUUACGUACUCUCCAGCUUUUACUGGGGCUAUGUACUCACACAGUUUCCCGGUGGUUAUUUGAGUCGUCGUUUCGGCGCCAAAAUAACUAUACUCGUCGCCACAUUCGCCUCCGCUGUUUGCAGCUGUAUAACGCCUGCCGGCGUGCGCCUCGGCGGUUGGCCCGUAUUUUGUGUCAUACGUCUGUUACAAGGUCUCUUCCAAGGCGUUAUCUUUCCUGCCAUACACGACCACCUCGCCAAGUGGUCGCCCUUGCAUGAACGCAAUCUCUUAGGAGCGCUUAGUCUCUCCGGCACUGACUCUGGUACAGUUGUAGCAUUGGCGUCAAGCGGUCUCAUUGCCAGCAGUUCGCUGGGCUGGCCAGGUAUUUCAUAUGUGUCUGCGUCGCUAUGUUUUGCAUGGUGCGCAGUUUGGCUCGUAUUCGCCGCAGAUAAUGCACCUUCCUCAAAGUUCAUCACGUCGCAAGAGUGCAAGUAUAUUGAGACAUCACUUGAACGCAAUGAUGAUUUCCACAAACGGAGAAUACCAGUACCAUGGCGUGCAAUAUUCACUUCGGUACCGUUUCUAGCAUUCCUCGUGGGACGUUGCGCCGAGGCUUGGGGCUUCACCACACUGCAGUCACAAAUACCAUCCUACAUGAAUGGCGUACUGAACAUGGAAAUCAAGAAGAAUGGUCUAUUCUCGGCCCUACCCUAUCUGACAAUGUGGUUUUCAUUGUACAUCUACUUAGCGAUAGCAAAUCUACUUACCAAACGCAAUAUACUCUCGCUGACAGCGAUGCGCAAGACGAUUAACACAAUCUCACUAUGGAUACCAUCGCCCUUGCUAAUAGGUAUCGGUUUCUUGGACUCCUCUCAGCCAACACUUGCAAUCGUGUUGAUGACUCUCAAUAUAGGUAUCAAUGGCGGCUCAACCAUAGGCAGUACACUCAACUCGAUUGAUCUGGCGCCUAAUCAUGCGGGCAUACUAAUGGGAUUAUCUAAUACUAUCGUAAAUAUUGUGCCGAUCCUCUCGCCGCUACUUGUAGGCGUUAUUGUGACAGAUAAUCACAAUCGUACGCAAUGGCAAAUCAUCUUCGCAAUCGCCGCCGUGAUUUUCUUCCUGGGCAAUCUGUUUUACAUUAUUUGGGGGACCUCGGAAACUCAGCCCUGGAACUCGGUGGAUUUUCAUCAAGAGAAAGACGCAGAAAAGACUGUGUGCAAGCAAGUUACUGUAGGGAAAGCAGUCGAACAUUUGGAAAAUGUACAAAAUGAGAAAAAAGAAGAGAUUGAUGAUAAAUAUAGUUCUGUUGAGAGCACAAGACUUUAAAGUAUUUAUAAAUUAGUUAGUGUGUAGCACAAGUAUUAUAUUUAAUAUAGUU